AUGGACGUCCCAGGCUUCGCAGUUGUCACCGGAGCGGCAUCAGGCAUCGGCCGAGCGACCGCAGCAGCUUUCGCUCUCGAAGGCGCCGCGGGCGUCGCUCUGCUCGACAUCAACCCGCACGCAUUGAACGACAUCAAACGCGAGAUCGAACAGGCCCUUGCCAACGGGAAAAACAAGACCAACCCAUGCCGCCUCGAAAUCCACCCCCUCGACGUCUCGGACGAAGACCAAGUCAACGCCGCUCUCGACGCCAUCGCGCAGAGCUUCGGCCGGCUGGACUACGUCGUCAACGCCGCGGGCAUCGCGAUGAAGCACUCAGGCGGCGCCGCGUUCGUGCAGACUCCGGACUGGCAGCGCAUCCUCGACGUGAACCUGAACGGGACAUUCUUCGUUCUGCGCGCCGCGGCGAGGAUAAUGCUGGAACAAGCUCCCAUUCCCUCCUCCGCGAGGGACGGGAGACCGCUGCAGCGGGGGUCGAUAGUGAAUUUCGCGUCCAUCCAAGGGGUAGUCGGGAUCGCGCUCUCGACGGCGUAUGCAGCGACCAAACACGCGGUUAUCGGGCUUACGCGAACGGCGUCUGAGGACUAUGCCAAGGAUGGUCUGCGGAUCAACGCCAUUUGUCCCGGCUACACGGAGACACCGUUGACGAUGAAGGAUCCACAGGUGUUCGCGGCGAUGCAGGAGCGCGUGGUCUCGGCCGUGCCGAUGCAGAGGAUUGGGAGGCCGGAGGAAAUUGCGGAUGGGGUGUUGUAUCUUGCAGGGGGCAGGAGUUCUUUCGUCACGGGCUCAGCGCUCAUGGUCGAUGGGGGGUACACCUGUCGGUAA